AUGGUUCAAAUGGACGAAUACAAAGAUGAUGAAAUGCCAUCAAAUACGCUUGAGAAUUUCACGGAACUGGAUGAAGUUCUUAAAAUGAUUGAAGAGCUGAAACAAAUUUAUGAUAAAACUUUGGAGAAAACUUACGAAAAGUUUUCUGAAAUCCUUUCAAGAUAUCAAGAACAACCUCAUCUAUUAGAUUUGCAUAUUCCUCAACUCAUAGAAGUGCUUCUCGCAAUUAUUCGGAAUGAGUCAUCACCAGAUGGUCUAAAACAUGCAGGGUUCAAAUACAUGUAUCAAAUAUGCAAAGUUAGAACUUACAAAGCCUUUGUGAAGUUUCUUCCUCAUGAACUUUCUGACAUUGAUUUCGUUCUUAACAUGUUGGAGCGUCAGAAUAUUGAUGAAGCUGAUAACUGGGAAACAAGAUACAUGCUGUUGUUGUGGAUGAGUAUUCUUGUCUUAAAUCCAUUUCACUUCUCUCGUCUUGAUAGCAGCGAUGUUGGUGAUAAGUCAUCACUCUCAAAAAUGGAAAGAAUCUUUCAAGUAUGUAAGAAUAAUUGCAGAGGUAACGACCCAUGUUCAGCUGUUGCUGCUUUUUUAUCGGCAAAGUUUCUCGUUCGAAAUGAAAUCAAAGACAUUUACUUGUCAUCGUUCUUCGAUUGGACAUUCAUUGAAGUUAGCAGUGACCCCAUGAACAUCAGAUAUGGAGCUUUAUUAUCGAUUGCAGCGAUUUUAAAACAUGGAAAACGUGAAGAUCUCUUGCCUUAUGCUGCGAAGAUAUUAAAAUGGAUUCUUCAACAAGAUUUCAAAGAUUCGUCUGACUUCUUAAAGAACAAAUAUCACAUAAAAAUUGUUCAACGAUUGGGAUUAAUUUUCAUGCCACCAAAAAUCGCUCAAUGGCGAUAUAAUCGUGGAUCUCGUUCACUCCAAACAAAUCUUACAACAAACAAUGUCAUUAAAACUGCUGAAUUAACAUCAACGAUCGCUGUUUCUAAUGACGAUCCUGAUGAUGUUGAUGUUCCCGAUGAAAUUGAAGAAGUUGUUGAACAAUUGUUGCAUGGAUUACGAAGUUCUAGUGGAGAUGUUCGUUGGUUAUCAGCUAAAGGUAUUGGAAGAGUCACAAAUCGUCUCCCAAAAACACUCGGCGAUGAAGUUGUUGGAUCAGUCAUUGAAAUUUUAAAUCCUUUGGAGCAACAUGAAGCUUGGCAUGGAGCUUGUCUUGCUGUUGCUGAAUUGGCAAAACGAGGUCUUCUCCUACCAUAUCGCCUGGAACAUUUAGUUCCACUUCUCCUUCGUGCACUUGUUUACGACGAGAUGAAAGGCUACAUGUCUGUAGGACAAAAUAUUCGUGACUCAGCUUGUUACGUUGCUUGGGCAUUCGCAAGAGCGUAUGAUCCUCGUGAUCUUCAACCUUUCGUUCAAAGAAUAGCGACUGGUCUUCUCAUCGUCACUGUCUUUGAUCGUGAAAUAAAUUGUCGUCGUGCAGCGUCAGCAGCAUUCCAGGAGAGUGUUGGAAGACUUGGAACAUUUCCACAUGGAAUUGACAUUCUUACAACUGCUGACUUUUAUUCUGUUGGUAUGAGAACAAAUUCCUUUCUUAUCAUCAGUGAUUUCAUAGCGAAAUAUGACGAAUAUACUUUGCCUUUGAUUGAUCAUCUCGUUGAUUUAAAAUGUGGUCAUUGGGAUAUUGCAAUUCGAGAACUUGCAGCAAAAUCUCUCAACAAACUCACUCAUCACAAUCCGAAAUACAUGUCGACAAAUGUUUUGGAUCGAUUAUUCGAGAAAACUGAUUCAAUUGAUGUUAAUUUACGUCAUGGAUCAAUUUUAGCUAUUGGCGAAGUGAUUUUAGCAUUAACUCAAUUAGAUGGAAGUUUUAUUUCGAAUGAUAUUUUGGAUAAGCUGAAUGGACUCAUGCUGAAGUUACAAGCGCGAGAACAAUUUCGGGGAAUGAGCGGUGAACUCAUGAAGAUGUCAUCUCUUGAUUUGAUAAGAAAUUGUAGCAUUGCAAAAGUGACAAUCAACAAAGAUUGCAUCGAUUCAUGGCAAUUGCUGAUUGAUUCUUGCAUCAUCAGUAAAAAUAAUCGAAUUAGAGAACUUGCAGUCAAUGCUUUGGGACACUUCUGUGAGUUUUAUUAUAAAGAUUCAAAUAACACGGGCGAGAUUCUGAACAAUUACUUACUUGGGUCUAAUAAUGAUCUCGAAGAACAUGUUCGAAUGGGCUACGUUUUGGCUAUUGGAUCACUUCCUUCAUUUCUUCUGCUUCGUUCAUUCAACGAUGUGUUGAAACGAUUAAUGGAACAUUCAUUAGUGCCUAAGGAAAGUGAAGUAAGAGCAGCGGGCUUGAAUCCAAUCAUUUUAAACUGGUCUGAGUCACGUCGUGAUAGUGUGAAGUCGAUUGGAAGCAUCACAGCGACAAUUGGAUUUGAAAAUCUUUCACAAGAUAAUCUCAAUAAGAUUUUCGAAUGUUUAUUGAAAGCAUUAGAAGAAUACACGAUUGAUAAUCGAGGCGAUAUUGGUGCGUGGGUGAGAGAAGCUUCAAUGCAAGUUUUACAUCAAUUGAUUGUGAAUUGUCCAAGUGAGAGAUUAGAGUCGAAAUAUGUUCACGAAGUGAUGUCAGGUUUAGCUCAACAAAGUGUUGAAAAGAUUGAUCGAACUCGUGGCAUGGCUGGAAAAUUAUUUCACAGUCUCAUUUAUCAUCAACCGAAAAUUCCACACAUUCAACGACAUGAAGUUUUGAUGGAAAUCUUUCCAGCUGACGGUGUUAACAUUUUAUGGUUGUUUGCUGAUCACACAUUCCCAUUAUUUUGUCGCAUGUUAAAGUUUCCCGAAUAUUCAGAAAAACUACUUCUUGGAAUGAUUGGAUCGAUCGGACAAUUAACCGAAUCACUCAUCAAACAUUCGUCAUCAUCUUUCUUAGAUUUCCUCAAAGUCAAUGACGAUGAAAUUCCGAAAAUUUGCAAUUUAAUAUUGAAGAUUUUCCAUGAGAAUUUAUUGAAUGAGAGGAUCACUUAUCCCUUGCUAAACUUCCUUGAAAUGAUUCUCAGCUCAGGAGUUCUUGUGAUGAUUUUGGAAGAUGAAAACAAUAAAUUUCCCGAAGAAGUCUUUCGACUUGUCAAUCUCGAAAUUAAAGGACAUAAAAAGCUUUACAAGAUUGUGUCGAGUAUCAAUGUCAUGUGUCAGUUAAUUCAAGUUCGUCGAUUAUGCCCGAAGAUUUUCACGAAAAUGGGAAUCUUUUUAGGUCUAACUCAUGUUCACAUUCGUAAAACAGCAGCUUUGAAGCUUUAUGAAGCGAUGCUUCUUUAUGGUGAUACGACAGACGUUCCUGAAGAUAAUCUCGAUGAGAUUUCCGACAUUCUAAUGGACACUGACUGGACUCAGCCUUUAAAUGAAGUUCGUCCAAUUCGUAAUCAACUCUGCGACUUGUUAGGUGUAAAACCACCGGUUUCAGCAUCAACACAAAACAAUUAAUUCAAUUCUAUUCACAACAAAAGCAGCACAUUAAAUACUAAUAAAUUAAAAUUCAUUAUUUUUCACAAAGCUUUAAC